GGAAGGGGCUUCAACCGACCGUCCACCCUGGAGAGACACAAGGAGCACCAAGUGACGCAGAAGCCCUAUCAGUGUGGGGACUGUGGGAAGGGAUUCAACUACCCCUCCCAGCUGGAGGUCCACCGUCGCACUCACACUGGGGAGAGGCCAUUCCCCUGCACCGUGUGUAAGAAGGGGUUUGCUCAGUCCUCCGCCCUCCUGACCCACCAGCGGGUCCACACCGGGGAGAGGCCGUUCACCUGCUCUGUGUGCGGGAAGGGCUUCACCCACUCCUCACACCUGGUCAGACACCGGCGAAGCCACACCGGCGAGAGGCCGUUCCCCUGCUCCGUGUGCGGAAAGGGCUUCACGCAGUCGUCCCACCUGCUGAAACACCAGCGGGUUCACACUGAUGAGAGGCCGUUCGGUUGCCCGGACUGUAGCAAGAGCUUCAAGAGCCCCGGGGAGGUGAGGAUCCAUCAGCAGACUCACACGGGCGAGAGGCCCUUCGGAUGCUCUCACUGCGGCAAGUGCUUCGGGCAGUCGAGUGACCUGCUGAAACACCAGACCGUCCACACCGGGGAGAGGCCCUUCACCUGCUCUGAGUGCAGGAAAGGAUUCACCCGCUCCUCCCACCUGCUGAAGCACCACUGCAGCCAGAGCGACGAGAGGUGCUUCAAGUGCUCCGAGUGCGGGAGAAGCUUCAAAAGGUACGCGGAGAGAAUGAAGCACCAGCUGAUGCACACCGGGGAGAGGCCGUUCAGCUGUGCCGUGUGUGGGAGGGGAUACACACAGGCCUUCCUCCUGCUGAGGCACCAGCGAGCUCACAAGUGACCGCAGGGGUUAACUUGCACUGCUGUUGCCACGGUUAGUGACGUCCAGCGCUGAACCGCGCCCAGUGCAAGAGCUGGAGUUUGUUCACAGUGACAAUCGCUGGAGGCGGCUGGUGCUUAAUGUCAUGGGUGUUGGUCAAAUAAAUUUUCUUCAGAGCACAUUUUGUGAAUUAUUAACUGUUUCACAUUGCUCAGAGUUGGUGGGUGCCCCUGUAAGGACCAAAAUUUGUGAGCCCUCCAUUUCGUUUAAUC